AUUAUAUUGAACCAAAACAAACUAUUUCCGGUUUGACGUUUUGAACAACACGUGUGAUUAAAAUGGCAGAUCAAGAACUUAGUAAAAAGUGACAAUGGUGAAGAGAUAAAGCUAAAGAAAUUGCUAAUUGAAGAUGUUUUCCACCAUUUUCCCAAUCUGUCUUCGGUGUCUCAUGCGAAUAUCUCCACACAAACUCCUUAUCACUCCAAGACUGCCUCGUCUAACUUUCCAUACUUCAUCAGAAAGGUUUAAAACACGUGAGUUGAAAAGACGUCUGAAGCAGGAGAAGAAGUUGAAGGAGAAGGCUGAGAAGUUGGCAGCUGCAGCCGCUGCUUUAGAAUCGGCUAAAGACCAGACGCAGAAGUCGAAUCAUGUAGAAGACGACGAAGACAUAGAUCCAAAUGAAUAUUUCCGGUUGCGGUCGCGGACUGUGUCUCAGCUGAAGCAGUCAGGUAAAGAGCCGUAUCCACACAAAUUCCAUGUCGAACUCUCUCUGGUGGAAUUCAUCGACCGCUACGGUGACAAGACCAGUGAGGGCAACAUCUUGGAUGAUGUGGUUACCAUAUCAGGUCGAAUCCACGCCAAGCGACUGUCUGGCGCCAAACUGUUGUUUUACGAUCUCCGAGGCGAGGGAGUCAAGAUUCAGAUCAUGGCCAAUGCCAAAUAUUACACUUCAGAAGAAGCGUUUGAGGAGAUGACAGAGAAAGUUAAGAGAGGUGACAUCGUCGGUGUCAAAGGUCGUCCAGGUAAGACGAAGAAAGGCGAGUUGAGCAUCAUCCCCUCAGAAGUGACGUUGCUGUCCCCGUGCCUGCAUCAACUACCACACAUGUACUAUGGUGUCAAAGACAAGGAGACGAGGUUCAGACAGAGGUAUCUGGAUUUGAUCAUCAAUGAACCCAUCCGACAAAAGUUCAUCAUCCGAGCGAAAAUAAUAAACUACAUCCGGCGAUUCUUUGACGAGAUGGGAUUUCUGGAGGUGGAGACACCAAUGAUGAACAUGAUCCCAGGUGGAGCUGCAGCGAAACCCUUUGUGACAUUUCACAACGACUUGAACAUGAAACUGUUCAUGAGAGUCGCCCCUGAACUCUAUCUCAAGAUGCUUGUUGUUGGAGGCAUAGACCGGGUGUACGAGAUCGGCAAACAGUUCCGCAACGAGGGCAUUGACAUGACGCACAACCCCGAGUUCACGACGUGUGAGUUCUACAUGGCGUACGCUGACUACAAUGACCUCAUGACUAUAACAGAAUCCCUGCUGUCAGGAAUGGUGAAAUAUCUGUUUGGCUCAUACAAGGUGACAUUUCAUCCAGACGGUUCUGAAGGGAUAGAAAUAGAUUUCACGCCUCCGUUCAAGAGAAUAAGUCUGAUCAAGGACCUUGAGGUUGCCACGGGAACAGAGUUCCCUGAUCCCACGACCUUUGACACACCAGAAACGAGGAAGUUUUUCGAUGACCUGUGUCUAAAGCAUGGCGUGGAAUGCACCAGUCCCAGAACGACGACUCGUCUCCUUGACAAGUUGGUUGGAGAUUUCCUGGAAGAGAAGAUAAUCAACCCAGCUUUCAUCAUUGAUCACCCUCAGAUUAUGAGUCCACUGGCCAAAUGGCACCGGUCCAUACCAGGUUUAACCGAGAGGUUUGAACUGUUUGUAAUGAAGAAAGAAGUAUGCAAUGCGUACACAGAAUUGAACGACCCGGUGGUUCAAAGAGAGCGAUUCCAACAACAGGCCAAGGACAAGGCGGCGGGCGAUGACGAGGCUAUGUACGUAGAUGAGAACUUCUGUACGGCUCUAGAGUACGGCCUGCCCCCAACCGCGGGAUGGGGUCUCGGAAUUGACAGACUGACCAUGUUCCUCACAGACUCAAACAACAUCAAGGAAGUGCUGCUGUUCCCAGCUAUGAAACCAGAUGAAAACAAGCCUCAUUCUGAAACAGACUCCACUGCCCCAUCCUAACAUGAUUGCAGCUGGAAAUCUCAUUGGCUCAGAAAUGUGUCACAACACAUCAUCGGAUGUUUCCAUUUAAAAUUGUUCUGAAUUGGUCUUCAGACAAUUCCAACUUGUGACAUUGUGAUUAAUUUAAUUUUUUCUUCUGAAAUGGAAUAAAACAAUGCUGUUGUGUUAUGUAGUGAAAUACAUUGUGGUGAGAUUUUGUUGUGGAUUUUCAUUAAUCCUAUAAUAUCCUUACUUACUUAUGCCUAUUUUCUCGCUGGGAGCAUAGGCCAUGGACUAAGAAACGCCACUGUUGUCUGUCUGUGGCCAUCUUCUCCAUCUCUCUUCUGGUGUAACCCAUCUCCUUUGAUCCCAUAAUAUAACGCCUAGAUUUUUAACAGACUUCACCAACCAGCCUGUAACUGAAACACCAUAUUGUUUUGGCUGAAUGCAAAUUCGAACGACAAAACAAGUCUUCAAACUCGUAUUUCUGCACACGGCAGAGUCAAAAAGAUGUUAUGACAAUGCCAUGACUGCUUCAAUGAAUGGCUGAUACACCUAUUUAUAUUUACUGUAUAGGCAAUGAUACAUGAGAAUUUUUAAUGUGCCAUUUACUACAAAUCUUCAUUAUCAUUUUUCAGAGUGUACCAAAUCAAUCCUCAGACAAUAGUAAUACAGGUGGCUAAAGCUGUGAUGUGCAACCUUCAACCAACAUGGGCCCCAUGCAACAUAGAUAUAAAUAUAAAAACAUCUCGUACUUCAAAAUUAAAGAAAACAGGAACUUGGAUUUGUUCAUUUCAGAUAAAACAUGAAGCAUCAUCGACCGUUCUAGUAAUUUAAUGUAAAAGUAUUACCAAUGUUCCCUGGUAACAUGCUAUCUAUACAAAAUAAGCCUUCCAUUAUAUCCACUCAGUGUUUCCUUCAGAAAGAAAUUUUUGGGUAUGGCGCUAUGGAAUUGAAUGCAACCAGGGGGUAUGGGGGACCUACUCCAGAAAGAAAAUUGGUUAGGUUAGGGUUAAGAAAAUCAUACAGUAAUGAUAAGAGUAAUUAAUUUUGUCAAAAGUUUAACAUGUCUGUUUCUUUAUUUACAUUUAAGAAUACAAUCAUGUAAUGUAGUAGGGGACUAGACAGUUUACUAGGACUUCUAGAAUUCUGAAAUGAAAUACAUCUGUAAUGAAAUAGUCCAUAACAGUCGAAUCAAUGUUAAAGCCAUGGUCACACAGAUUAUAUCACUUGAAAUACACAGUUGACUAAAGCCAAACAAAGAUAUAUUUGUUGAUUAAUAGCUGGAUAGCCAUAAUUCAAUUUUUUUUUUUAAGUCAAUAAAACUUAAAAGUUGCAACUGACAUUUAUGUAGCUGAAGCUGACUUUUUGGAACAAAUUAACUGUUAUAUAUAUAUUUAGGUAAUAUUUUCUGGGACCAUUUAGUGUGUUAAUUGCUGAGUGAAUCUGUUUUUAAAUUUGUAGUCUUUGAAAUUUGUACUCCAAAGUGUUAUGUUAACACUGAUCUAGCUACCAUAACACUAACUUAUAAUUGAGACUACUGUAUUUUAUUUGUUCAAGCCGUAGUGCGCGGUAGUAAUAAAAACAUGGCUUCCAAA